AUGUUGACUGUCCUUGAAAACUGCAGAAUAUCUCCGCCGUCGGCCACCGUCGGCGAGAAGUCACAGUCACUACCCCUCACUUUCUUCGACAUCAUAUGGCUGCUCCACUUUCCGAUUCACCAGCUUUUCUUUUACGAUUUCCCACAUUCUAAACCUCAUUUCAUCCAAACAGUUCUUCCCAUUCUCAAACACUCAUUAUCCAUCACUCUUCAACACUUUUUCCCAUUCGCAAGCAACUUAAUCGUCUUUCCUAAUCCAACAAAACCAGAAAUUCGUCAUGUUGAUGGUGAUUCCGUCGAGUUUACAGUCGCAGAAUCUCAUCUCGAUUUCAAAGAUCUUGUAGGAAACCACCCUCGAGCAUGUGACAACUUCUAUCCUCUUGUUCCUCCAUUAGGUCAUGUCACUAAAGCAUCCGAAUUUCUCUCCAUCCCUCUUUUCGCAGUUCAGGUUACGUAUUUCAAGAACUUGGGUUUCUCCAUUGGGGUCACAAAUCACCAUGUGCUUUGUGAUGCCAUCACCAAGUUCGAUUUCCUAAAGAUGUGGACCUCGAUUGCUAAACAUGAUACAUAUAAUGGAUCUUUUCCGUUUUACGAUCGAUUGCUCAAAUACCCAGAAUCUUUAGACGAAAUCUUCAUGAACCAACCUGGUGUUGAAGCUUUGAAUGCAGAUUAUCAAAUUCCUGAGCUUGUUGGCCCGAGUUCUAAAGUUCGAGCAACGUUUUUCUUGACGAAAGAGAGAAUCAGUUUCAUGAAGAAAUGGGUAUCCGUACAACUUCCAACAUCUGGAUACAUAUCGUCGUUUUCAGUAGCAUGUGGUUAUAUAUGGAGUUGUAUAGCUAAAUCUCGUGUUGGGUUUCAAGAAAGAAACGAUGAAGAUGAUCAGUUGGAAAGGUUUGUAUGCUUAGCGAACUUCAGGAAUCGUAUAGAUCCACCACUCCCGGAAACCUAUUUCGGAAACUGUGUAGGGCCUUGUGUCGCGAUUACAAAGAGCAUGAUGUUAUCGGGAAACAAAGGGUUUCUUGUUGCUGUUGAAUCCAUUGGAGAGGCUAUAAGUAAAACGGUGAAGAAGAAAGAUGGAGGGGUUAAAGACGCUGAAUUAUGGUUUGAACUGAUGUUUAAGACUCCGGCGAAGAUUCCGGCGAAGAUUGGAGUGGCUGGAACUCCGAAGUUGAAGAUUUACGAUGUUGAUUUUGGGUGGGGGAAGCCGAGAAAGUAUGAGACUGUGUCGAUAGAUCGGAAUGGUUCGAUUUCAGUUAAUGCGUGCAAAGAAUCGCCUGAAGAUCUUGAAAUUGGGUUGUCACUUCCGGCGAAACAAAUGGAUGCUUUUGUUGAUAUCUUUAACAAUGAUCUACAGAGUUUCUUUUGA